ACGAUUCCGCCGCGAUAACACCGACUACUCUCGCUGCAGCGUUGCGAUAGUACAAGUAAUUCUACCCUCCGGGAAUCAACGUACAUCGCACUUCGACCUGCACCGUCCAGUUUGAUUGUUUCACUCAACCCGGGAUGACCCCGUGGCAACGACCGGGCACGACGCCCUAUCCCCAGGUCUGGCACACCUUCCAGUCGCUGGACUCGUACACUAACAACCUGGUCCGGUACCGCGUCCAGGAUCUUCCACCCGACCGCUUCGAGGAUGCCGUGGAACACAUGCGCAAGUACUUCCUCCGGGAUGAACCGAUCUGUGCCAGUCUGCGGCUCGCGGAAGAUCCAGUUGGAAUGCGCGAGAUCUGCGACGUUUGGCGGCGGGUCGUCCAGCAGCGGUGUGCCGUGGUUUGCUUCCAGGAAGGCAGCGACGAAAUCGUCGGCCUCAACAUGCUGACCGUGGUGUCUCGAGAGGAUCAGGCACAGCAGCAGCAGCAGUUUGCGAGCCCUGCCGUGAGGGCCUUCGUUGAGUGUACUCUCUACAUGACCGAAAAGGGCCAGCUAUUUGAGCACUUUGGCGUGGACCAUUUUCUUUCCGCUUGGGGACUGUCGGUACAUCCGGCGUACCGGAGCCGAGGGUUGGCAACGGAAAUUCUUCGAGCACGAGUGCCACUUUGUAAGGCGUUUGGACUAAGGUUGAGUGCUACGGUGUUUUCCCAUCCGGGAUCGCAGCAUCCGGCCGCCAAGGUUGGCUUCAAGGAUCGGGUGGUGGAGCGGUUCGAUGAGCUGACCAAGAAGGGCUUUCAACUGGGGCAGAUUCCAGUCGAGUUUAAUAAGUUGAUGACACUGAGCAUUGAAUUAGACAAUAUGGUUUGGACGCGCCCCCAAAACGUGCCCUACCCCUCGGUUUGGCACACGUUCAAGGCCAAGGCCGCGGACAGUGACGAGCUGGUCAAUUACGUGGUUCAGGAUUUACCGGAGAACCGAUUCGAAGAGGCGAUCGAGCAUCUGAUUGGAGUGUUUAUCUACGAUGAACCGAUGUGCAGAGCGAAAAAACUUGCCGAGCAACCCGAAAGCGUCGAAGGGAUUCGCGAAAUGUGGCGCGAGUUGGUCCAGCACCGGAUGGCACUGGUCUGCUUCCAGGAGGGUUCGGACGAAAUCGUUGGCCUCAACAUGACGUACGUUUCGAGCAAGAACGACAAGGAGGACUACGUUGUCAAAGGUUCCCUCUGGCAGGAGGUUUUCGACGCCGUGGUGUACUUUAGCGAAAAGGGCAACGUGUACGACCAGUACCAGGUCACGGAGUAUCUGGCCGCGAUGGGUCUGUCCGUGUCGCCCAAGUACCGCGGUCGUGGCAUCGCGACGGAAAUUCUACGCGCACGAAUUCCCCUCUGUCGAGCCACGGGCCUGAAGCUAACCUCGACGGUGUUUACCGCCACCGGGUCGCAGAUUCCGGCCGCCAAGGUGGGCUUCGAGGAGUCCUUUACCAUGGAGUACGAAGAGCUGGCCAGGGCGAACCCACGAUGGGACAAUGUCCGGCCCUCUUCAGUUCAAAUCCAACCACCCACAAAUCUACUCGCAUCCCCCAAGAUGAGCUGUACCCGUCCCGAAUCAAUCCCGUUCCCCUCAGUUUGGCACCGCUUCCAGGCGAAGGCCCCGGAUAGCGACGCCGAAGUCACGUACGUGGUACAGGACUUGCCCGAAGAUCGGUUCGAGGAUGGCGUAGCAUUCAUGAGUCGUUUCUUUCCGCGCGACGAGCAGAUGAAUCAGGUACUGGGGCUGGCCAGCGAUUCCGUAGCGAUGACGGGCGUCGUUCAGCUGUGGCGUGAGAUGCUCAAGCUGAAGCUGUCGGUGGUUUGCUUCCGCGAGGGUUCGCCGGAGAUCGUGGGGCUGAACGUGCUGGGAGUGGCCUCGAAAGAGGAUCGGGUUGAUGAAAAGUUCGCGAGCGCCAUCUUCCAGACGAUCUUCGACACCAUCGGGUACGUAUCGCAGCAGGCUAAUGUGUUCCAGCGGUACGGCGUCGAUCGCUACCUGAACGCGAUGGGCCUUUCGGUGGAUCCGACCUUCCGGGGACGUGGAAUCGCUACGGAAAUACUGAAGGCCAGGGCGCCUCUAUGCCGAGCGGUGGGACUCCGACUAACGUCGACCUGUUUUACCGGGGCUGGUUCGCAGAAAGCCGCAGCACGCGCUGGUUUUCAGGAAGACUUCAGCAUCACUUACGGGGAGCUACGGGCGGUGGACGAGCGGUUCGUGUUUCCCGGAAUCGAACAGAAGCCAUGCAAAUACAUGAGUUUGAAGGUUGACUGAAAA